CUCCGCGGCGUCGCGCUGUCCGCGCCCGCCGUCGAGCCGGACCCGGAGAUGGCGACGCCGCUCCUCGUCUUCCUCGCGCGGAAGCUCAGCAACGCGCUGCCGAAGCUCCAGCUCGACCCCCUGCCCUCCAAGUACCUCUCGCGGGACGCGACGGUCAUCGAGCAGUACCUCAACGACCCCCUCGUCUACACCGGCGGCGUCCGCGCGCGCUUCGGCGCGGAGAUGCUCGACGCGAUGGCGGCCUGCUUCGACCUCGCGAAGCGCGAGUGCCGCGGCGUGCCGCUCCUCCUCCUCCACGGCACGGGCGACCGGGUCAUCGACCCGGGCGGCUCGACGCGCCUCUGCGACGCCUGGGCCGGGCCGACGCAGCUCGAGCUCCUGCCCGGCGAGUUCCACGAGAUCUUCAACGAGCCGGGCCGCGAGCGCGCCUACGGCCUCCUCGUCGACUGGCUCGGCGCGACGCUCCUCGCGUGA